AUGACCGAUUCCAUUCAAAAUCUACUUCCACCGCCAGCUUAUGAUGAAAUUGGUAUUCUUCUAAUGAUUUUGGCUUGGUUUUAUUUUGAA